AUGAUGCAUAGGGCGUCUCUGAACAUGCUCGCUUCUUCUAACGGUGGCCGCAAGAGGAAGGCGCCGGAAGGUCAUCGUGAAAUGACGCACUCGCCGCCGCCACAAGGGUUCCCCAUUACGCGGAAUCAGAGGGCGGGGGCGGGAGCGUGUUUCGGGGCGCCGGCACCGCGGUUCCCCACUCCGCAGCGGCAGAUGCCAUCUCCGCCGCGGCGGUUCUCCACUCCGCAGCGGCAGAUGCCAUCUCCGCCGCGGCGGUUCUCGACUCCGCAGCGGCAGAUGCCAUCUCCGCCGCGGCGGUUCCCCACUCCGCCUCAGCAGAUGAUGGCUCCGCCGCCACUGCCGCCGUUGAACCUGCAGUUGCAUCUUGAACAACCAGAAGCGUCGUCUUCCAGGGCGCCGGCACCGCUGUUACCCACUCCGCCGCCGUUGAACCUGCACUUCCGUCUUGAUCAGCCAGAAGAAGCGUCGUCGUCCAGGGCGCCGCCGCCCUAUUUUGACACCGUCCUUCGAUUAAGCGUCACGCCGCACGCGCAGCCCCAGACGGAGCAAGGCUUCAAGGAGGACGCUCCUCCGCCGGCUAACCCCAAUCUCCAUAAAGAUUUCAUCGAUCAAGCUCUCAAGCGUAAUAACGAUGGCGUAAGGGAAAUGCUAGAAGAAAUGUGCAAGCGGCAAUACGCGGCGGUGGUGACAGCGGCGGAGGAAAAAGCGGCGAAGAAGCUGAAGGAGAUGGACGAAGAAAUAGUGGAAGUGAGGACGAAGAACGGCGAACUGGAAGCCAUGCUUGCCAGUUAUAGAACUCAAGCUAUGGACAUGGCGGAGAGGCUCACGGCUCUUAAGGAAACCAACGCGGCUCUCAAUGCUGCCCUGCACGAGGCCACGCAUCGGAGGGGCAGCGGCGGCGGCGAUGGGGCGGCGGCGGCGGAGGAGGCACAGUCGUCGUCAUUGGACCCGGAUCAAAUGGUGGUGGUUAGAAUCAGUUGCAAAGUAUGCUGGAGAGGGCCUGCAACGAUGAUGGCAUGGCCGUGCCGCCAUCUUUGCAUGUGCAAUAACUGUGCGAGAACAACCAAUUGCUGCCCCAUUUGCAAUGCUACGUUCCAAGACGGCAUAGAAAUCAAAUUUUACUAA